AUGGCUCCAGCAGGAUUCAAAGUGAUUGUUGCCGGCGGUGGUCCUGUAGGUCUCACUGCUGCCAUCUCUCUAAGCAAAGCAAACAUCGACUUCAUUGUUCUCGAGAGGAAUGCUAGCGCAGUCAUCGAUGCGGGCUCCAAUCUCGUUCUCUCCCCCAUGAGUCUGCGCGCAUUAUACCAAUGUGGCCUUGAAGAAGAUCUCAAGCGCGUUACCAGCCCUCUCGGUGAUCUUACCCGUACAGAUCAUUCGGGUCACGAUAUUGGAAAACUUGACAUCUUCAACCACAUAAAGCAUAACCAUGGUGAAUCUCUCCGUGUUGUGAGCCGUCAUGAUCUCACACAUGUGCUCUACAGUAACCUACCAGUGGAUGCUCAGAGCAAGAUCCUGACAAAUAAGAAGGUUUCGCGAGUUGAGACAAACGACACUGGUGUGAUAGUUGAGUGCGAUGACGGGACCUCAUACGAUGGCACUUUUGUCAUCGGUGCCGAUGGCGCUCAUAGUACUGUCCGUCAGCUUAUGAGGGAGAUCGCUGUCGCUUCUGGUUCCGACAAGAUCAAUGCAAAGCAGCCUUUCCUCACAACUUACAGAGGAUUGUGGGUGCGCUUCCCCAGGCUGCAUCUCGAACCUGGUGUCACCAAUGAAACCCAUGGUGUCGGUGCCUCCACCCAGCUAUUCUGUGGAGAACAGUCAACUGUCGUUAGUGUGUAUCUACCUUUGGAAAAGCCUACUCGUGAUCGCAUUCGACAUACCGCGGAGGACAAAGAAGCUAUUAUCAGCCAAUGGGGUCAUCUUCCACUCACUCCGGACGGCAAAGUCACUCUCAAAGAUGCUUAUGAGAUGCGGUUAGAAGCCGGCCUAGUCAGUCUAGAAGAGGGCGUAGUUGAAUACUGGAGCUUGGACGGAAAAGUCGUUUUAGUCGGUGACGCAGCUCACAAGUUCACCCCUAGUACUGGCAUGGGCUGCAACAUGGGUAUGGUUGAUGUUGUCGUUCUUGCUAAUGAGGUUCGCAAGGCUAUGCGUUCCUCUUCCCAUGUCUACCCAACACCUGCAGAGCUCGAGGUGGCUUUUGAGUCUUUUAAGAAUAUCCGCUAUGACGUGGUAGUAUCAGGCUGCAAGCAGUCUGGCACAGCUACUGCUGCUUCCACUUGGGCUAGUAGUAUCUCUCAGCUGGUGGACUGCCACAUUGCACCUUUCUCGUUCGUCCAGAAGUACUUUAUGGACCGCUCCGCUCAACAGGUUGCCCAGACACCAGUAUUUGACUAUAUUCCUUCUCAAGAGGUCAUGCACGGAGCAGUACCGUGGAACAAGAGCAUGCCUGAUUCGAAAGCUUGA